CACCCCAAACGCAACCUCUAAGAGAAGCAGGCCUGGUUGAUUUUAGCUUCUGUAAAGUUUUCGCACUUGCGCUGCCGGCAUGUUCAAUGGCGCUUCCGACAUUGUUUCUGCCAACCGAGCCUUUACGGCCCGCCCUGGAAGCGUUCGCAGAUCGGGUAUGCCGGACAGGUGCAGCGCGCGCUCCGGCACUCUCUGCGCAGCAGCAGCGCUGGGCGAGUGAUGACGGGUGUUUUCCGUGGCUGCCGCAAAUGCGGGGCAUUCUGCGCGACUGGGGCCAUGAAGGCUUCCGGGGUUUGCAGCUGCCGGUGAUCAACGCGCUGAUGUCGGGCAAGGACGUCUUCGCCGUGAUGCCCACGGGAGCGGGGAAGAGUUUGUGCUACCAGCUGCCGGCCAUGGUUUUGCAGGGCACUACCGUGGUGGUGUCACCCCUUCUGAGCCUCAUGGAGGAUCAGGUGUGCUCCCUGCAGGAGAGGCAUGUGCAGGCGGCGCGGCUGGGCAGCGAUGCCACGCCAGAACGGAGCAACUCCAGGGUCCUGCAGGACCUGGCGCAGGAUGCUCUCAAGCUGCUCUACGUUUCUCCAGAAAGGGUCGUCGAAGACAAAGGCCCCAAGUCCAAAGGCAGCAGUUUGGGCCGAGUGCUGCGGGAGUUGCACCACCGCAAAAAGCUGUCGCUCUUGGUGGUGGAUGAGGCCCACUGCAUCUCCCAGUGGGGUAUGGACUUCCGGAAGGUCUAUCGAAAGCUGGCGUGCUUGCGCCAGACUUAUCCGGGGGUGCGGAUCCUGGCGACCACCGCCAGCGCCACGAAGAAGGUGGAAGAGGAUGUGCUGAAGAGCCUCAAUCUUCGGGAUGCCAUCAGCUUUCAUGACACAUUCGACCGCCCCAACCUUUUCAUGGAAGUCCGCACCAAGAUCUCAGAGGAGAAGUCGCUGCAGGAGCUGGUGGACUUGGUCCUGGCUGCUUCCCGCCCGGCCUGCGUGGUCUAUGUGACGACGCGCCAGGAGGUGGAGCGUGUGUGCCUGGAGCUCUGCGACCGUGGCCUACCCUCUUGCCCGUACCAUGCGGGCAUGAACGCCGGCGCGCGGCGCCAAUCCUUUCAGAAAUGGAAGGAUGGCGAAAGCUGUGUCAUGGUGGCGACUGUGGCCUUCGGGAUGGGGAUCGACAAGCGCGACGUUCGAUUUGUCUUUCACCUGGACAUGCCAAGCUCCAUGGAAAAGUACCACCAAGAAAUUGGCCGUGCCGGUCGCGACGGCUUGCCGUGUCGAUGCAUCUUAUGGUACUCGCACAAGCAGGUGGCGCGCCUGAAGAACAUGGCCCAAAGAAACUUCGACCGGAACCAGUGCGACGCUGCCAGCAGCUUCUUCGCGGAGAAGUUUGCGUGUCGUCGCCAAGCGCUGCUGCGACACUUCGGGCAGACCGCGGGGCAGUGCGGCGCUUGCGAUGUUUGCUGCAUGCGGCUCUCCUCCGAGACCCGGCCGGUGCCACGCGAUGUCACCAAGGAAGCAGUGAAGGCGUUGGAUCUGGCAAAGGUCCUGAUGCCCCAUGGCGUCACCUCGGCGAAGCUGCGAGACGCCUUGCGGGGGAAGCGCGUGGAGGGCCACAACUUGACGGCUCCGGCGGCAGAGAAGGGCGGGGCUUUGAAGGACUGGAGCCAAGAGCAAGUGGAGCAGCUGAUCCAGCUCAUGCGCAAGAAGAAUGUGCUGCAGGAGUACCAGCACAACAAGGGCAAGGGCAAAGGGCGGAUGAAGUUCAAGAUCCUGCGGCUUCGGGAGGGUCCAAAGGCAGGCGCUCUCUGCACGGGAAAGCUGCAGUUUUCUAUGGACCUUGGCGACGAAGCCAGCGAGGACCUGCGGACGCCGCCCCCAGAUCGGAAGCGGUCAGAGGAGCAACGCAGCCCGGCUGUCAAGCGUCUCAAGGCGCGGCCGUUCCCAUCAAGCUUUACGUUGGAGGAGAAAGCCUCGCCUGCAGAGAGCCUAGAGGCUCUUUGCCGCUGGCCGAUGUUGGUGUUUUUUGCUUGAUGUUUGGUUUGUUCUGGG